CGUCACGCCGCGAGAGAGAAUCGAAGAUGGAACUUAGCAAAUACUAGCUGCUCGUCAAGUGUUAUUAAUCCCACGUCAAGGCUCUUCGCAUCCGCUGCACGGAUCUUUUAUCAAAUUGUCAAUAGUGUAAUGAACGCGAAAUCAGCGAAUAUGAGCACGAUGGAAUGAAUUAAUUUCUUUGCAGCGUUUAUACUGAGCUUUAGGGAUGAACGCAUGCCUUGAUAAUUUCAGUGGCUGACGCAAAAGUAUCGCGAGUGUCUUUCCACAGCUCCUAGUUCGCGCGAGAUUCACGGCCACCUUGAGACCUCGCGUCAAACAUUCAUCCGUCCGCGGUUGCGAAACGGUGAAAGUGAAACGAAUUAAUCUUAAUCGAUACGGAUUGUUUGAUCGGUUUAUUAAUUUUAUUUCGGCUCUGUGAUGUCCACGUCCACCAAGACCGUCGAUGAGUGCCCGUCGCCGACCUCCGAACAAAUGUCACGCUUUAGAGCGACCAAAUACCUGCCGAUACUCGGUUGGCUACCGCGGUACACGCGAAUGGAAGCUGUGUCGGAUUUUAUAGCGGGCAUCACUCUAGGAUUGACCAUGAUUCCUCAGAGUAUGGCUUACGCCGCAUUGGCUGGGUUGACGGCGCAGUAUGGCCUGUAUUCUUGUUUCAUCGGUGGUUUCGUCUACAUCGUUUUCGGGACCAUAAGGGAAGUCUCGAUAGGCCCAUCGUCUUUGAUGGCACUCGUGACGCUGCAAUACAUAAGGGAUAUGCCGUUGGAUUUCUUGGUGCUCCUGUGCUUCCUGGCUGGAUGCGUGGAACUUUUAAUGGGCAUACUAAAUUUAGGAUUCAUAGUAGACUUCAUAUCGGCGCCGGUUACGUCAGCCUUCAUGUCGGCGACCUCCGUUAUUAUAAUUAUCUCUCAGAUGCAGGGUCUUUUGGGAUUGAAAUACAAAUCCGCCAAUAUUGUUGACAAUCUGUACAAGAUGCUUACGAACAUUAACAAGAUUCGCCUGCCGGAUCUUGCGCUUGGCAUCUGCAGCAUCGCGUUUCUUUUGAUCUUCAGAAAAUUAAAAGAUAUUGUCUGCCUUUGCGCGAGAGACAAAGAAAACACCUCCAGAAAUCCAGUGAUCGAGAAGGUGCUUUGGUACUUUUCUAUUGGUCGGAAUGCUCUUAUCGUGUUCAUAACAACCACAAUAGCUUAUCAACUGGACGCGGCAGGAUCUGUUCCGUUUAGGCUCUCAGGAAAAAUAGAGUCUGGGCUCCCUACGAUAUCGCUACCGUCCUUUUCAGCGCAAGUAGGGAAUCAAACUUACACGUUCCUCGACAUGUGCGCACAUUACGGAUCAGGGAUAGUGAUACUUCCUCUCAUAUCGGUCCUAGCGAACGUGGCGAUAGCAAAAGCAUUUGCGGCUGGCGCGCCCGUCAACGCGACGCAGGAGAUGCUGACGCUCGGCCUCUGCAACAUACUAGGCAGCUUCGUUUCAUCGAUGCCGACCACUGGUGCAUUCACGCGAAGCGCAGUGAGCAGUGCCAGCGGAAUACAAACGCCCAUGGCCGGUUUAUAUUCUGGUAACGCAAUCAAAUCCGAGAUCUAUACGCAAGCCUCAAUGGCAAACGUUAUACCUGCGUGUGAGUGUCGCAAAAAUAAAGCGACGUUGCAUUUUACAGGAACCAUGGCGUUGUUGGCUCUGAGCUUCCUGACACCAUAUUUUUAUUACAUUCCACGCGCGACGCUGUCGGCGGUGCUGAUAACCGCCGUGGUGUUCAUGAUCGACCUAAGGAUCAUAAAAUUACUCUGGAAAGGAUGCAAGACGGACGCUGUCGCGGCAGUAGGAACUUUCUCAAUUUGCGUUUUCAUCAGCGUUGAGAUCGGGCUUCUUCUGGGUAUCCUUUUCAGUUUGGCCUUCUUCAUCCGGCCAUCCGCCAGGCCGACGUUCCAAAUUGUCAAUUGCGAGACUCAUUCAGGAGGCAGAUACAUAAUAUUGAACCUCGACACGUGUCUUCAUUACCCCGCGGUCACGUUUUUCUGCGAUAAGAUAAUGGCUAUAGCUAGAAGCGUAGAGAACGACGUCCCGUUGAUCGUGAAUUGCGAGCGGUUCGCCAGCCUCGAUUACACCUCUGUUAAGGGUAUCGAGACAUUGUCGAGAAGACUGAACCACGAGGGAAGCCGAUUCUGGUUGUUACGCGCGAAUUCCAACGUUGUGAACAGCAUCUGUGCUUUCACCGAUAACAAGUACAUCCGUCUCAUCGACAAUGAGGAGGAUAUGGAAGAUGCUCUUCAUGACGCAUUGUCCAAUAAACAAUCGGUGGAUCUAACGGACAUCAGUGUGAAGAGAGCGAUUGAAAUAAAAAAGUUGAGUCACGAAGACCUCUCUGCACGUUCGAAUUCGCGAAGGAAGGAUUCCGAGACCGAUGCUGAGAGACUGGCGUUAGUUUCAGUGCCCGAAUCAAAAACGGAACAAUAAUUGCAGGAGCAGUUUUUUUUUCCCGUUCUUAUUAGCCUCUAAUAAUGUACAUAUAAACAAUAGACAUUUAUGCAAUAUUUACCUACUGAGAAAUGACUCGUCGAUCGACGUCAAGACGAUGCCGAAUCGACAUCGAAACCGUCAAAUAGAAUUUCAGUUUCACGUGCAUAUUGGAAUUAGUAACUGGCUUCGAACAUCGAAAUUCAACUUUGAAGAUGGUAGCGAAGAACAAAAACUCAACUUAGAAUAAUCGCACAUAAAGUGUACCACCUAUACAUGCUAUGUACUUGUUCGUGUUAAUAAAUACUCAAAUCCUUUUUCAGA